AUGAGCGACACGGCCACCGUCACCGCCGCCACGGCGCUCUUGGACCGCCGCGGCAAGUACAACCGCAGCGUGUCGCACGUGAACGACGAGUUCCACACGUUCCGCUCCUACCUGCGCUGGAUGUGCGUCGACCAGUCCAACGCCUUCACGGCGACGCUCUCCUGGUCCGUCUUCCUCCUCCUCGCCGUCGCCGUCCCCGCCACCUCGCACUUCCUGCUGGCGUGUCCGGACUGCGACGGACGCCACUCGCGGCCCUACGACGGCGUCGUGCAGGUCUCUCUGACGACCGUCGCCGCCCUCUCCUUCCUCUGCCUCGCAGGCUUCGUCCGGAAAUACGGUCUCCGAAGGUUCCUCUUCUUCGACAAGCUCUGCGAUGAGAGCGAAACUGUGAGAACGAACUACAUGGCGCAGCUCAAUAGAUCACUGAAGAUCCUUUCGGUGUUUGUGGGUCCGUGUUUUGUGGUGGAGUGUGCGUACAAGAUAUGGUGGUACGCGUCUGGAGCCUCACAGAUCCCAUUUCUGGGGAAUGUGUACGUGAGCGAUGCAGUGGCGUGCAUAUUGGAACUAUGUUCGUGGCUGUACCGUAUCACAGUUAUUUUUCUGGUAUGCGUCCUAUUCCGUUUGAUCUGCCACCUCCAGAUCCUACGGCUGCACGACUUCGCGAGGUUCUUCCACGUGGACUCGGAUGUGGCGUCGGUGAUGUCAGAGCACCUUAGGAUCAGAAGGCACCUGCGAAUCAUAAGUCACAGGUUCCGCGCUUUCAUCCUACUGGCCCUGGUAUUGGUCACUGGAAGCCAGUUCGCGAGCCUCCUGGUCACAACCAAACAUACACGUGAUAUGAACUUAUACAUGGCCGGUGAACUUGCGUUAUGCUCAUUGACGCUCCUCUCUGCGCUGUGCAUAUUGUUGCGUAGUGCCACAAAGAUAACACACAAAGCACAAGCGAUCACAGGCCUUGCUGCCAAGUGGCAUGUGUGUGCGACGUUGGAUUCUUUUGAUGGAGUGCUGACAGAUGGUGAGACCCCAAUGGCUCCUCAGAGUUCCCAUGAAUCAGUGUUUCCUAAUGUGGGAACAGAUGGAGAAUCAGAGACAGGGGAUGAAGAAGAUGAAAUUGAUACUACAAAGUUCAUCCCAUCUUAUGCUUACAGCACCGUCUCAUAUCAGAAGAGACAAGCUCUUGUAAAUUACUUUGAGAAUAACAGGGCAGGGAUUACAGUAUAUGGAUUCAUGUUGGAUAGGAGUACCCUCCACACAAUAUUCGGCAUUGAACUCUCCUUAGUUCUCUGGUUGCUUGGGAAAACCAUAGGCAUCUCUUGA